AUGGCUUCGGAAUCUCCUAGUGCUGCUCGUAAAGUCGUUGUUCACCUAAGAGCCACUGGGGAUGCCCCAAUUCUCAAGCAAGCCAAGUUCAAGAUUGCUGGGACAGACAAGUUCAUUAAAGUGAUUGAUUUUCUUUGUCGUCAACUUCACAGGGAGACAUUGUUUGUGUAUGUCAACAGUGCCUUCUCACCAAAUCCAGAUGAAUUAGUGAUUGACCUGUAUAAUUAUAUCAGUAGCCCGUCACUAGUGUGCCACAUCUACGUAUGAGCAAAAGCUGGACAGUUAAUUACUGGAGAACCGUAAGCGCAACACAACUUAUCUCCUGGGAGACCGACUUUCGGUACAGUAGUACCCAGCUCAAUAUCAGAAUUAGAAACAGCAAUGAAGUUGCUAUUUUUCCAAAAGCUCUGUUUGGUCUGACAGUCUGAGUCCCAAAAUUUCAAUUGUUCAAUUGUAUCUCAUCCAUUAAGGACCAUGUGCUCAUUUCCACUGGGCCCAUGUGCCAAUUCUGAGUAAUUGAGUACCAAAUAUUUCAUUUCCACACGGGUGUGUAUGUAUUAUAAUUCUUAUCAAGUAUUGUGUUUCCUCUAAUUCAAGUUUGGGGAGGUGAUUGGGAAUUGUGGAUGCCGAAAUUUGUGCAUUACAGUUUUUUGAUGCAAGGACAGGACUAUAAAUCAUUAUUCCUUACUUUCUUUUAAAGAAUUGAAUGGUUUGGUUACUUUUGAAUGUGGAACACGGAGAUUUUCUUUAGAUGACAUUUGUUCAUGCGCUUUCCUUGAUGAUUCUCUUUGUUUUGUCAGAAAGUAGUUGGAUCCCUGGUCAUUUUGUGCAAAUUCUCAU